AUGUCUGUCUUUACUCGUCUCUCGUUCGUCUCUGAAACGAAACCCCCACGCUCGUUCAAUCUUCUCACACAACCUCGCGAAUUUGGAGCUCCUCGCUCUGCAUAUCCACGCACGCACAGAAGACACAACUCAGAGCCAUUCGCCAGCUUUGCCCCUGCCUCAAAAACGCGUCUUCUCGGCGAUCUACCCCUGCUCCUCGAGCGUACUAUCCCUAUCGUCGAGGAAGAUGAAGACUGCGCGCGCUAUCGCACGCCCCAACGCUUCAAGCCCAGCCUACUUGCAUCUCCCAUCUCGCUCGAUGUCCCUGCGGCAACAUCGAAUCAGCAACAGAAACAACCACAACAACAGUACCAGAUCCGGCGGCCCCGCCCCGACCGCGACUCCUCCACCUCCAGCUCCGCCCCGCCGCCGCCCUGCUCGCCCGAAAUCGUCCUCGGCGAGCCAAAGGAGCACAUCGGGCACCCCAAGACCCGCCUCACGCAGCCGGUGCUCAAGCUCGCGGCGAUCAAGGAGCGCCUCGCGCACCUCGAGUCGACGAACGAGCGCCUGCAGCAGCGCGCGGCGUCGGCCGCGACGGACACGGCGCUGCUGAGCGCGAGCAUGACGUACUUCUCGAGCGAGUACUACGCGGGGCUGCUCGCGAUGCGCGAGCUGCGCGCGGUCAUCUGCGGGCUCGAGCGGGAGGUGGGCUGCCUGAAGAGGUUCGUCGGGCUGAUGGUCGAGGUGGGGCGGCACGAGCCGGUGCUGGAGCGCGCGUACAGCGAGGUGAGGGAGGGCAGGGAGUUUGAGUCUGUGCUGGUUGACGCGGUGCGGAGCGCGGCGGCGCGGCGCGGUUCGGGCUGGGCGCAGAUCUUGACUGCUGCUGCCGCAAGAGAUAGCGAGUAUGGCCCACUGGACGAUACUCGCAAGGAACACGAUGCACGUCCGACGCAAGUGGACGAUCUGCUCAAGUCACUCAAGAACGGCAACAUUCCUCCUGGUCGGCAUCGCUCUGCGGCCCAAACAAAGUCUCCAGCGUGUCUCUCAUCAAGUCCAACAAAGAAAUCGCCUGCACCGAAGACUGGUGUAAACUCAUCUCCGACUCGUAGACCGCUUCGUGCCCUUGACCCUAACCGCACGAAGAACAGCAGCUCGUCUGACCCGAAAGCCGGCGACCAGACUCUGUCCUCACUGCAGAGAAUCCUGCAGAUGUCGGACGAUAGUAGUAGUCAAGCCGGUAGGGACUCUGCGCCGCCACAGAUCUUUGUCUAUCCUCCAACGGUCUGCGCAGUCAAGAAACCUUCGUUCAAGCCGCUCGUGUCGCCCGUCAAGUCCCGCACCCGCCCAGCAGCGGCUGUGUCCCCGGUGCGCGGUGGCAAGAAAGGCGAGUGGCGCUGA